CAAUCUCACAACUUUCUCUCUGAAACCCUAAUUACUCAGAUUUAUUCAACUUUCAUCUUCAGCAAUGGCUCGUACUAAGCAAACAGCAAGGAAAUCCACCGGAGGAAAAGCCCCAAGGAAGCAAUUAGCAACAAAAGCAGCCCGGAAAUCAGCACCAGCAACCGGAGGAGUGAAGAAACCUCACAGAUUCAGGCCAGGAACCGUCGCUCUUCGUGAGAUCAGGAAAUACCAGAAGAGUACUGAGUUGUUGAUUCGCAAGCUUCCAUUUCAGAGAUUAGUUCGUGAGAUUGCUCAAGAUUUCAAGACUGAUUUGAGGUUUCAGAGUUCAGCAGUUGCAGCUUUACAGGAAGCAGCAGAAGCUUAUCUUGUUGGUUUGUUUGAAGAUACUAAUCUCUGUGCUAUUCAUGCUAAAAGGGUUACUAUUAUGCCCAAAGAUAUUCAACUUGCUAGGAGAAUCAGAGGUGAACGUGCUUGAUUAAUAGGGGAUUUUGUUCAAUUACUCACUGUUCUUAUCUUUUGGGUAUUUCCGUGUAAAUGUGUCGCAGGUUUUAGAUCCAUGGGCUAAGUAGGUUCCAUCUAAUGGAAAAUCUUCACAGUUUUAUCCCUAAAUCUAUUUUGUUUUUCA